GAAAUACUAUAGAUAAAACUGAUAUGACAUUAUCUAGAUCAGUAUUUCAUCUAGACAAAAUUCCAUUCUUAGUCUUACGAACUCAAACAUUUAAUACUUGUACGCGGCACGCGAUUAUAACAAGAAAAUGAAGAAAAUAUAUUUUGCUGCUAUAGCAGGAAAUUUAGGUAUGCUGUCAAUCGGCCAAUUUAUUGGCUGGGCAUCGCCAUCCUUAUCCUUAUUGAUUGUGAAAGAUAGUAAUAAUACUAAAUCUUUCGUACAUUUAACUUUGGAAGAAGCUUCUUGGGUAGUAUCCUUGCUUACUCUUGGUGCCACCAUAGGUUGCAUUCUUUGUGCAUUUAUGGUGAAUAUCUUCGGCAGAAAAACCAUGUUACUUAUGGCUGUGCCUGAGAUAAUCAGUUGGUUGCUAAUAGCUUUCGCAACAUCAACGUGGGAAUUAUAUGUAUCAAGGUUUAUAUCUGGUUUGACUAUGGGAAUCGCUUACUCAUCCACACCUAUGUAUUUGGGCGAAAUUUCACCGGCAAAUAUUCGCGGCAAAUUGUCGUCCAUGCUGACAGUUGCUGUGAAACUCGGCACUUUGAUUGAAUUUGUGAUAGGCCCAUUUCUCUCAGUGAGAAAUCUCGCUGUCGUCUCUUUGGUGGGACCAUGCCUGUUUUUGAUUACUUUCAUUUGGUUACCGGAAUCACCAUAUUAUCUGAUGCGCUGUGAUGCCAAGCAAAAGGCCAUAAACUCUCUUGUUCAAUUGAGAGGUAAAAAGGAUGUUUACAAAGAAGCAGACAAUAUCGAACAGUCCGUAAAAGCCGAUUUGACUAACGAAGCUGGUUUCCGCGAACUUAUAUUUGUGCCGGGAAAUCGCAGAGCUUUAAUAACGUUGAUGUGCCUGGGUAUAUUUCAACAAACGAGCGGCUCUCAAGCCGUGAUGCAAUACGCUGAGACAAUUUUCAACCAAAUGAAUAAUAAUCUGGAGGGCAAGUAUUUGACCAUAAUAUUGGGUGUCGUGCAACUAAUCUUCACGAUCAUCAGCAUGACCAUCACCGAUCGUUGCGGCAGGAAGCCACUGUUGAUAAUCUCUUCCAUCGGUUCGGCAUGCUCCACCGUCAUGAUCGCAACGUAUUUUCAUCUGCAAUACUAUCGCAUAGAUACCAACAAUAUAAUAUGGUUGCCCGCCACCGGUACAAUGAUGUAUAUAGUCAUGUAUGCCAUAGGUUUAGCGGGAGUACCGUUUACAAUGGCCAGUGAAUUGUUUCCAACAAACGUGAAGGCCAUCGGCACAACAUUAGGAAUAAUGACAGUUCAUGCGACUGCUUUUAUAGUAACGAAAUUAUAUCCGACUCUAAGUGAAAUUGCUGGUACGCAUACGCCGUUCUGGAUAUUCACCGCGUGCAGUGUCACCAGUGCUUUAUUCACAUUUUUCUAUGUACCUGAAACCAAAGGCAAGACGCUGGAACAGAUACAAAAGAAAUUGCACAGCUCAUCGAAAUAAUGAGAAUUGAGAGUAGGAUAUUUACAUGUGACAAUUUUCUAUCGAAAGAAAGUAGAAGAAUAAUAAUAUAAUAUUUGUGAAUUAUUU